CGAGCCCACCAUGAAGAGAAAGACACCUUCAGAACUGAGAGGGGAGCAGCUGAAGCGAAGGCAAUUUGGAAAUCCUGUUGAGGGAGCCUCCACUUUUCUUUCGGGUGGUGACUGCAGUGAAAUAACCCAUGGGAAUAAGAAAUCAGAGUCAUCAAAGACACCAAGAUACAUUGAUACUCGUGUUGAUGAUGUCUACCCUGUUAAGAAGUCCAAUGGCUUGUUGGGGACUCAUAAUGAAAAGCGGAAGGAAAAUGCUCUUUCCUCUGCACAAGGGGAUUUUAUGAAAAGCCCAUCCAAGGCUUGUCAUUUGACCAUGAAGAAGGAAGGACCUCCAUGUACAAGCACUUCUGCAGAUGACAUUAAGGGGCACAACUCUCACACUGGGCUUGCAAAAUGUUCUCAAAGCACAUUUCGUAGCGUUGCUGAGCUUUCUUGGGGCAGUUCAGCAUUAGCAAAUCCAGUUGACGUUGAUAUGGAUAAAGCACUUAAAGGACUGGCAUCUUCAAAGCUUUCCACGGUUCUCCCCAAGGUUGCCAAUUCUACUGGAAGUUUGGAGGGUUCCUCAUCAUCAUGCUCUUUGAGAACUUCUUGUAACGAGAUCUGUAUUCCCACCAAUAAAGUACUUCUGGAUUUUACUUUGAAAGUGUGUUUGCGAUUGGUUUCCUCCUCAUCGCUUAGUUGGUGCCACAAGUUGAGUCCUACAAGUUCUUAUCAAGGCAUGGCUAUGUUUGUAUCUCAAUAUGGUCUUCAUCAAGGCCUGAAUUGUGGAGAAUCUAGCUCCCUGCUGGGAUGCUCUGAAAAUCUUGGGAUUUCUUAUUCUAGAGCAUUGCAUUCAUGGAUGUAUCCGCAAUGUUCUCUGCCUCCUUCUGUCAUAAAUUCCAUGGAAUUGUCUGCUGCUCGUGGAAAUUUGGCAGAAAGUGAUUUCUUAUUGAAGCGCCAAGUGGCUUGGCAGGACUCAUUUCGAUGUCUUUACUACAUGCUUAGAAGGAAGAUAUGUAACCUUUUCUAUUUUUAUACUUCCCAAUUUGUGGUGCUAUUCAUCAGAGGUGAUUAUCCUGAUACGAAAAAGCACUCCUGUAAUGCUUAUCUUUCUAGGUCAACUCGCGGAUUGAGAGCCUUGCUUAAGGAGAAUGAUGUGGAAUUCUCCAUGCCUUUUUGCCAUUUUGAAGUUGAGCAAGCUAGAACUGAAGAUAUACUUGAACUCUCCGAAUUUGAGAAGAAAAAUCCUGGGCAGACACGCCGUCUGGAUUUUGUUAAUGAUGUGGACAACAGUUCUCAGUCCUUAUUGGCUUUUGUUGGCAAUGAAAGAGUCCAUAAGUUAUAUGAUUUUUUACUUAAUUACAGGUUGUUCUUGAACUCUUUGGCUUGCAAUGAUGUUCCUACACUUUAUUCACCUAAGCCAUUCAAGAAUGCGUCUCUUUUUGUUCCAGAGGUCAGAUGCAAACAGAUCAAGAGAGCUGCUGCUAUUCUUGAACCUUCAAAAGGCAAAUCCUCGGUGGGGAAUGUCGAUGAAUUGUCAUCAGGGGUCUGCUACAGUAUAGAAAUAAAUGACACUGUUAUACCACCAUGGGUUGUCCAUCAUAUUUUUGAGGCCAUGAGCUCUGAAGGGAGGACUUUUGAGGCAAGCUUCACUACUGACCCUUUGUCACAUGGCUUGAAUGCUUCUCUUGAUGUGAUUUAUGACAGCUCAGUCAUUAGAACCCUGCUGAAAAAUGAUGGGUUCUUUGGUUCCAUGGAAGCCAUUGUUGAGCCACGUUUGCGUUCUGCAUCCGUGACAGGUUUAAAAUACUCUGAUAAUGGUUACAUUGCAUCCCUCUCUUCAGGGUAA